AUGAAUUACACCGGGGAGAAUGUAGAAAGAGUGCAUUCCCUCCCACCCUGCGGUCAAAUUUGCAAUUUUUCCAUGCACAAGAGAAAAGAAGAUCCUUUCUUGAGAAAAGACUUCAACUGUAAGGAUACAUUUCUCAGAUUGAAGAAUCCGCCAGGUAAAGUCUUCAAACCACCCCUGAAAGAGCCGCCACCAGAGCUGUUUCUGGAUUUCACACAGAAUGGCGGUUUGAAUUUGAGUUCUUUCUACUAUGAUGACUCACGUCAGGGUCGAAAGGUAACAUUUACUCCAAAACGAAUUAAAACUCUUCUAACCAAAGAUAAAGAUGAAAAUAUUGGCUCAUAUGGAGCAGAGAGCAAUGGCUUCAAACAGGUUCUCUACAGAUACAAAGAUCAAUUAAAAGAAAAGUCAGGGAUUGUCAUCGGAAGUCAAAGUCCUUGGCUGGAAGUCAUGCUAUUAAAUCUUGGCGUGAAACACGUGACAACUGUUGAUUACAAUCCAGUUUUCUUUAACCACCCACAGCUGUCUUUCGAGUUGAUGUCAGAUUUAGCGGAUAAAAUCACCAAGAACCAAUCGCUCCUAAUGGAUUUUGCUGCUUCGUUUUCUUCUUUGGAACAUUCUGGCCUUGGUCGCUAUGGGGACCCCAUCAAUCCACACGGUGACCUGGAGGCAGCAGCUCAAAUAUGGUGCAUGCUUAAGCCCGGUGCGUUGUUUUAUCUUGGUAUACCAGUCAGCUUUGGCACUCCGGAGGGCUCUUUGGUAUUCAACGCACAUCGUAUAUAUGGAGAAGCCCGAAUUGAACAGAUCACUGCAAAUUACGAGAUACUCGAACGCACGAGGGUUGGAGUGCAUGGCGUCUUAGUCUUGAAAAAGGCGCUCUGA